CUCAUCAACAUAUAUGGUUUCUCAGAAAGGGACAUUGUUGUUCUCAUUGACACUCAUCAUUCCUACACUCAACCCACCGGCAAGAACAUCAGGUUGGCUCUGUCCAAGCUUGUCCGGUCCGCCAAGCCCCGCGACGCCCUCUUUGUCCACUACAGCGGCCACGGCACGCGUCUUCCGGCGGAAUCCGACGACGAAGACAAUACUGGCUAUGACGAAUGCAUUGUUCCCACAGAUAUGAAUCUCAUCACUGAUGAUGAUUUCAGACAGCUUGUAGACAAGGUCCCAAGAGGUUGCAAUAUAACAAUCGUUUCAGAUUGCUGCCACAGUGGUGGCCUAAUUGAAGCAGCAAAGGAACAAAUAGGAGACAGCACAAACGAAGAAGGCUACGUUUCAACCUCUCUAUUUCACUUCAAAACCUUCCUUCAUCGAAGCAUGCACCAAGAACAACAAGAAGAAGAAACCACUGUGAAGAACCGAUCUUUGCCUCUCUCAACUCUCUCAGACAUACUCCGGCAUAAAACUGGCAACGACAUAGAAACUGGGAAACUAAGGCGUACACUCUUCCACAUCUUUGGUGAAGAUGCAAGUCCCAAAGUGAAGAAGUUUUCAAAUUUAGUCAUGAACAAACUCCAACAUGUAAAAAGUGGUGAUAGUGGAGGGCACAGAGUUGGGGAUGUGAGUAAUCUUGCAGAAAAAUUCUUCGAACAGAAGCUAAAUUAUGAUGGUGAUGAGGUGGGAAAACGUGGGGGAAUCAGGAAAGAGGAACAUGCUGCAUCAAUCAAGCGCAAUGUUUUGGAUUGUGGGAUUCUGCUGAGUGGUUGCCAGAGUGACCAAACUUCUGCAGAUGCAUGUCCUGCUGGGAAUUCUGGGUCAGCUUACGGGGCUUUCAGCAAUGUGAUUAGAGCUAUAAUUGAAGAGAGUGAAGGAGCAGUGACAAACCGGGAACUUGUGCUGAAGGCUAGGAUGAUACUUAAGAAACAAGGUUUUUCUCAGAAACCUGGUCUCUAUUGCAGUGACAGCAACGUUAAUGCUUCCUUUGUGUGUUGA